AUGUGUCGCCAAUACUACACCCUCUACGAAUGGUGCCAUUGCGAGGAAGACGCCGGCCACAGCGUCUGCUCCGGCCAUCGUCGCGAUAGCUGUCCCGGCGUGAGCAUCGAGACCGUUCAUAUGCACUGCUUCUGCAAUUCCCACGCCACCCGCAAAUUCAAGACUGAGAAGGAGACUAAGAAGGAGGAGAAGAAGAGUCGACGUCGGUCUCAGGAUUCGUUUGAGGAGAAGGCUUCGCUUGGUCGGCGGUGGUAUCAGUGGUAUCAAUGGAGGGGAUUGCUAUCGCGGUAG